CAGACAGGAACUCAGAUCCAGAUAGACAUCCAGAACCAGAAACUGAUGAGAAGACUGGAGACUCUUCUGGACCUGAACCUGAGACUGAAUACAGUGAUGAUUGGAAGGAGACCAGAGAACCUCAGUCAGGUUUAAACUCUGUGAAUAAUGAUGAAGUUUCAGUCAGUGAUUCAAGAUGUAGUGCUGGUGAGAAACUAUUAAGCUGCUCUGAAUGUGAAAAAACAUUUGGCAAGAGUCGAAAUCUGAAGAUACACAUGAGAAUCCACGCAGGGGAGAAACCUUUCAGCUGCUCAGUUUGUAAGAAAUCUUUUAGAAAUGGUUCAAAAUUACAUACACACAUGAGAAUCCACACAGGAGAGAAACCUUUCAGCUGCUCAGUUUGUAAGAAAUCUUUCAGCCAGCGUUCAAAUUUACAGAAACACAUGAGAAGCCACACAGGAGAGAAACCUUUCAGCUGCUCAGUUUGCAAGAAAUCUUUUGCAGAGAAACAAACUUUACAGAAACACAUGAGAAUCCACACAGGAGAAAAACCUUACAGCUGCUCAGUUUGCAGGAAAUCUUUUGCACAGAGUUAUGCUUUUCAGAAACACAUGAGAAUCCACACAGGAGAAAAACCUUACAGCUGCUCAGAGUGUGAUAAAUGUUUCACUGACGGUGGAAGUCUGAAGACCCACAUGAGAAUCCAUACAGGAGAGAAACCUUUCAGCUGCUCAGUCUGUAGUAAAUCU